AUGCCGCUACGCGUUCCGUUACUCCAACAUUUAGCAGACGAUGAGAAAAAGCAGUCGAAAAAAUUCGCGCGCGCCUGCGUCACUCCAUUGCAGGCGAAGGAGACAACAGAAGACCGUCCAGUGCCGCUGCUAUCCAUCCAAUGCCGCUACGAUCCAUCCAAUGCCGCUACGAUCCAUCCAGUGGCGCUUGGAUCAACGACUCCGCCGAUUAUAUACUUAGAAAACCUAGGUUUUCAUUCGAACAACACCAUGAACACCGUAAACAAGCAAGAAACGUUACUCAAGUUCUACGGAACGACUGAUCGCCGCGAGGCUUGGAGGCGUCUGGAUGAGGCGGAAGGCAAGAUGGACAUAAGUAAAUUGGAAGAAUGGACUACCAUGAAUAUUCCGUACUACGCCCCCGAGAGCGAGCUUCCUCGUCCCUUGCCGACCAUUACAGAGAUUGAAGGAGCCCGGAACACGAAAGAUGAUCUAGCCCGUAGAACAGGCGGCCUCAAGCCCGUGUACAGGAUAGAUGGUGUUUUCGUCGUCAAAAUUUGUGAAUACCCUUUCGUCCUGCAGGAAGCAGAGAAUCUUUUGUUUCUCCAGAAGCAUUCGCAGGUGAGAGUGCCAAAGAUUUACGCCGCAUACUGCAGCCAAGGCCUCGACCCCUAUAAUUAUCUCCACAGUUUUCCAAGAAAGUUUCCGAACCGUAAUUCGCUGCCCAUCUACCAUGUUCUGAUCAUGGAAUACAUCGACGGAACGCCGUUAAACACGUAUUCCCCGGGUGAAACGCGUUUUACCCGUAAACGCAGCUGGGAUACUUACACCCAGAGAAAGAGAGAUAACAUUUCGAAGAAGCUUGAUAAGCAGUUACGGCUCCUUCGUUCGGUACCUCCACCUGCAGAGCCCUACUAUGGUCGAAUCUACGGCCAGCCCUGGCAUCCAUGGACACAUGUAAUUUCGCGCUGCUCUAUCCCUAGUACUAUGGUGGGGCCGUUCAAAAGACACGAGGACUUCGUCAAUGCGAUAUUUGAGAGAUCCCUCAAAAUGUGUGCACUUCAGCAGGAAGAAGAUUUUCUUCCAACUGAGAGGAUAGCGCUCGAGCGUUUCAAGGAGGAUAUGAGCAAUGCACACGGAACGAAUCCUGUUUUAACCCAUUUUGGUCUGAAAGAAGAGGAUGUGCUCCUGAUCAAUAAUCCAAAUGAUCUGGAAGAUCCAGACAUAGUGAUCAUUGAUUGGGAGUUCAUGUCUUGGAUGCCUGCGUAUAUUGAUCCUGGAUAUACCCGAUGGCCAGUGGAUAAAAGGCUACUGUUCACAGCCAUGGACGCUGAUAUUCGGCUCGUCGCCGAUUAUGUGGGGAAAUUCCUUAACAAAACUGCCAACAGCUAUUGA